AUGGAUAGCUCCAACGGCGACCCGCCCGUGGCUGGACUUGCUAACAUGACCGUCUCCGUUGAGGCCUUCAACCCAGACGUCCACUCCCCGAACGACAUGAUGAUCGACUCGGAGGAGCACAUCGUCGAGCCGACUGCGAAUGGGGUGGAGAAGGACGACUUGGCCAUCAUCGACCCUAAUAAUCUCGACAAUGAGCAGGAGCAGUUGCAGGAUCUACCAGUCGCCACCGAUCACGAUGCUAUGAAAGACAUUGUGCUUCCUCCGCUAGUGGAAGAGCCCAGGAUCUUAGAGGACGCGGUUUUCACAUGGACAGUUGAGGGGUGGAGGAGCUUACAAAAGAAGGAGCAUGGCCCUGUAUUUGAAGCAGGUGGUUUUCCAUGGCGGAUUCUUCUCUUUCCUUAUGGUAACAAUGUCGAUCAAUGUUCCAUCUACCUCGAGCAUGGCUUCGAACCCAACACGAUACCCGAAGACUGGAGCUGUUGUGUCCAAUUCGCACUGGUCCUAUGGAACCCCGAUGACCCCACCAUAUAUUCCCACCACCAGGCGCAUCAUCGAUUCACCAAGGAGGAGAGUGAUUGGGGUUUUACCAGAUUCUUAGAGCUCCGGAAGAUGUUCAACGUUGCUUGGGAAGGCUCUACCCGCCCACUUGUUGAGAAUGACACAGCAAAUAUCACAGCAUACGUCAGGAUCGUAGAAGACGAGACGGGUGUUCUAUGGCAUAACUUCAAUAACUACGACUCGAAGAAGGAGACCGGAUAUGUCGGGCUCAAGAACCAGGGUGCCACUUGUUACCUAAACUCGCUUCUACAGUCCCUCUACUUCACAAAUGCCUUCCGCAAGGCUAUAUAUGAAAUCCCUACACAUCAGGAUGAGAGCAUGAAUAACAGUGCUUACACACUGCAGCGACUAUUUUAUCAAUUGCAGACCUCCAACUCUGCCGUCGGAACCAAUGAACUAACUAAGUCUUUUGGUUGGGAGACUAGGCACAUUUUUGAGCAGCAAGAUGUUCAAGAGCUCUCACGCAAGCUCAUGGAGCGUAUGGAGGAGCGAAUGAAGGGCACGAGAGCUGAGAACGUGCUCCCUCGAAUGUUCAGCGGCAAGAUCAAGACAUACAUAUCUUGUAUCAAUGUCGAUUACGAGUCUAGCCGCAUCGAAGACUUCUGGGACGUCCAGCUCAACGUGAGCGGUAACAAGAGCUUACUGGAGAGUUUCAAGGACUACAUCCAGGUCGAGAAGAUGGAUGGCGACAACCAGUACUACGCUGGCGAUGAGUACAAGCUUCAAGACGCGAACAAGGGCGUCAUCUUCAUGAGCUUCCCUGAUGUGCUCCAUUUGCAGCUAAAGCGAUUUGAAUACGACAUCCAGCGGGAUAUGAUGAUGAAGAUCAAUGAUCGUUAUGAGUUCCCCGAGCAUUUCGAUGCCGCUCCUUACCUCUCUGAAGACGCAGACAAGUCUGAGCCUUGGACGUAUCAGCUACACGGCGUCUUAGUGCACAGCGGCGACCUCAAUGCAGGCCAUUACUACGCUUUCCUCAAGCCGAACAAGGAAGGCUGGUUUUACAAGUACGAUGAUGAUAAGGUGACGAAGGCCACCAUGCGAGAGGUACUCGAAGAGAACUUUGGUGGAGAAUAUCGCACACCAACUGGCCCUGUGCGUGCUCCUACUCAAAAGAAGACGCCGAUUAUGCGGCCGAACAGCGCAUACAUGUUGGUCUAUAUUCGGGUAUCACGGCUGGAUAAGAUUCUCACUCCAGUCACCGAAGAGGACACUCCUCAGCACCUUCAACAGCGAUUUGAGGAGGAGGCUGCGGCGAAGGAGGCUAAGCGCCGAGAGAGAGACGAGCAGCACCUAUAUAUUGGCGUCAAGGCAAUUACAGAUGAAAGCUUUCGACACCAUAACGGCACUGAUCUCACAGUGUUUGAUGCCAACCCGGACGUGGACCCUGCUGCCCCGCGUUAUUACAGACUGCUUCGCACAACUACACUCCAGGACUUGGUCACACGUGUUGCUACCGAUAUCAAUCAAGACCCGAAACGGGUGCGUCUCUGGAUUAUGGUCAAUCGCCAGAACAAGACAACUCGGCCGGAUCAGCCGAUAAUGGACCUAAGACCCACCGUGGAGGAGACAUACAACCGAGCUGUAGCACAUCGUGAUAACGCUCUACGGGUCUGGGUUGAGGUGGCAGAAGAAGUGAACGCAGAUGGUGAGGCUGUAUGGCCGACCUAUCAAGGCCAGCAAAAUGGCGUUGUCGUCAAGAACGAUUUGAUUUUGCUCUUCUUGAAGUGUUUUGACUUGGAGUCCCAGGAGCUGCGUGGUGCGGGACACGUAUACAUCAGCCGGGAGAAGAAGGUUGAGGAUCUCGUCCCAUUGAUCAUGAAGAAGAUGGGCUGGGGGGAGAAGCUCCCGAGCGAUGAGAAGGUCAUGUUGUGGGAGGAAAUAAAACCGAACAUGAUUGAAGGUCUCAAAGCGAAGCAAUCUCUGAAAGGCGCUGAACUGCAAGAUGGCGACAUUGUCUGCUUUCAACGAACUCCUGAUCGAAAGCACGCUCUCGAGAAGCGCUUAGGACUUGGCGAAAACAAGUCUUCUGAAGAAAGCGUGAAGAAGUCGGAUCGCUUCGAAGAUGCGCGGGAAUACUAUGAUUUCUUGUUGAAUAAGAAGACGGUGAAGUUCCAUGCUCAUCCCACACGAUCAGAUCCCGCCAAGUACCCAGCAUUUGAGCUUGUAUUAAAUUCCCGGAUCAGUUACGAUCAACUAGCAGAGAAAGUAGGAUCUGUCCUUACCGUGGACCCCACACACAUUCGAUUUUAUACGGUUAAUGGAGCAACUGGCAAUCCCCGAACGCCAGUGAAGCGAGGACCAAACCAGACCCUACAAUCUAUUCUCGUUCCUAGCGGUUACGGUCAGUUAAACAUGAACCAGCGACCAGACGCUCUUUACUUUGAGGUGCUGGAUAUGAGUCUCGCGGAGCUUGACACAAAGAAGAAUGUCAAGGUGACCUGGCUGAGCGAAGGCAUCACCAAGGAGGUAGGCAUUUCUUACGCCAUUGUUAUGCGAAUGCUAAUAUUCGUGAAGGAUCAUUUCGACAUACUCGUUACGAAGAGUGGUAACAUUGAUGACCUGAUCCAGGGGCUGAUCAAGAAAGCUCAAAUUCCUGACGAAGUUGAGGGUGGUAGAAUCAGGGUGUUUGAGACUAGCAGCCACAAAUUCUUCCGCGAGCUUCCCCGCGAAUAUCCUAUAAUCAGCAUAAACGAUUAUACCAGCGUUGUUGCCGAACGGAUGUCUGAGGAUGAGCUCGAGGCAGAUGAUAUCUCAUUCAUUAAUGUCUUCCAUUUCCAGAACGAGCCAAGCAGGGUGCAUGGCAUGCCAUUUAGAUUCCUGAUGAAAGAGCAUGUGCAGGGCGAAAAGUUCGUGGACACCAAGAAACGGCUAGAAAAACGGACGGGCCUCAAGGGCAAGAGCUUCGAGAAGAUCAAAUUCGCGCUAGUAAGGCGAGCGCACUACUCAAAGCCAAAUUAUCUGAACGAUGGUGAGGACCACUGA